UAAUCUUCCCCUUCUCAUCGUUUCAAAAAUGGGUUCCCUUUCAUCAAUUUGACCCAUUUUUCCAAACUCAUUUUUGUAAUCGAAGUUUCGUAAUUUUUGUGAAGUUCCCCAAGCGAAAGCACCCACCUGAUUCUGCCUCUGCUUCUGUCUUCGUGUCUCCGUUCUUCUCCAGCAUCACUUACAGCUCACCCGUUUUGAUCGGAUCCAUUUUCUGUCAUUCAUUCGUUUUCUUUCUUCCCCCUCUCCAUUUCCCCCCCUUUCCCCUUUUCUAUGUUCCCCCUUUUGGUUUUUUUCUCUUUCUUUCUCGCUUCCGUCCUCUUUUCUGUCAUCUCAUCUCCACUCACUACAAAAACUUCAUCAAUUUUGGGCCAAACGGUGAUUAAAUAAGACCCCAUUUGCGAAUUUGCGAUUACAUAUUUCUCUCCUCGCCAAUUUUGGGAAAACCCACCAAACAGAAAGCCCGGGGAAAUCUCCGCGCCCUCUUUCUCAGCUUGUUCAUGCCUGAACCAUUGCGAAUUUCAUCUCCCAAUUUCUAUUCUCGACUGAUUCUUCCUUAAUGGGAAAUGUAACCGGCAGCGUGGCUGCCAAGUUUGCCUUCUUCCCGCCGGACCCUCCCACCUACGACGUUUGCAGAGAGGAUGACGGCAGGCUCGUCUUCUCCGGCGUCUCCGCCGAUAGGAACAUGGAGGUUCAUUUGCUCGAAACCAAGGCCGGGAAUAAGAUCGUCGCCACGUUCUGGAAACACCCUUUUGCUAGGUUUACGCUUCUUUAUUCCCAUGGCAAUGCCGCUGACCUUGGUCAGAUGCACGAGCUCUUCAUCGAACUCAGAGCCCACCUCCGCGUCAACAUCAUGAGCUACGACUAUUCGGGAUACGGAGCAUCGACCGGCAAGCCAUCUGAAUUCAAUACAUACCACGACAUAGAAGCUGUUUACAAUUGUUUGAGGAGUGUAUACGGAAUCAAGGAAGAAGACAUGAUUUUGUAUGGUCAAUCCGUGGGGAGUGGACCGACACUUCACCUGGCGUCUCGACUACAGAGAUUAAGAGGUGUUGUUCUCCACAGUGCCAUACUUUCGGGCAUUCGAGUCUUGUAUCCUGUCAAAAUGACAUUUUGGUUUGACAUCUUCAAGAAUAUAGACAAAAUCAGACUGGUCUCGAGUACGGUUUUGGUUAUACAUGGAACAAACGAUGAUAUUGUUGACUGGUCCCAUGGAAAACGACUUUGGGAGCUUUCAAAGGAAAAAUACGAUCCGCUAUGGGUUAAGGGCGGGGGACACUGCAACCUCGAAACCUAUCCCGAGUACAUCAAGCACUUGCGCAAGUUUGUUAAUGCAAUGGAGAAGCUGUCGCUUAAACAGACGCCGAAACAACUCACUUCUAUCCCAAGCAUCACAGAAGAGAAACACAACAAAUGCUUGAGAUUGAGGAAAAAAUAGUCAGCUUGUUUGUUUGUUCGUUCAUGAUUGAAGUAGUAAAGAUUCAAAACCAGAUAGUUUCAUUGCAUCCAUCCGCUCCACCCAUCUUCACAGGGUCGUGAAGUCAGAAAUGUUCGACAUAAUCAAACCGCCCGGUGUGAGCUGAAUAGAUGAAUUUAUAGGUUUGCUUCUACAAUCCAGAUCAUAUUCUGAUUAUAACUUCUUGAAACAGAAGGCUCUCUUCAACUUUGUUGUGAAAAAGCUAGCUGUUGUGCCAACAAAAUCCAAGGAAAUGCAGUUUUUGAUCUGGAUUUUCACCUCUUAAAAGUUAAAACAGAGCAUUAUAAAUGGUUGCCUCUUAUCCCAUCAUCUUGUUUCACACUUUUUCAAUAACAUUAAUUCUAGUGUAGAAUUGUUCCUU